UUCAUUUUUGUGUGUGAGAUUUACCAAUAUUUAUUUUAUAGGUAACCAAAAAACCUGAUAUUUAAAAUUAUAUAUCUUACUAAAUAUAAAAAAACGACAAUCAAAACGUUAAUAAAGUGCGACAAUCUAGGGAUACGAAGAAAAAUCUAAAUGAAUUCAUUGAAGAGUUUAUGGCGUACCAGCCCUUUAAUACGAAAUGUAUUCAACACCAGCCAAUAUUCAGCAGUCAGGUUCUUACCUACAACAACUACAACCCCAAUCGUGCAAACCACGGUACCAACGACGGUAGAAUUGGACAAAUUAUUUAAAAGAGUGGAAUUGGAAAUGCGUGGAAUAGACCCCGCUGUACUUCUGAGCUAUUCGUGGUUCUGUAUUGCUGCUGCCUCUCAUUUAGGCAUUGAAGUUACAAGAAGCUGGGCUUUGCGGAAAGCUGAAAAAGAACGCCACACGCUGUUGAGGUGCGUCCACAUCUACAAGAAGCACAGAGUACAAUACGAGAUAAGGACAUACUUCAGAUUCAUACAUUUACAGAGGUUAACGGAAUCAACAUGCGAUACAUACUUGGAAUAUAUUGAAAGAAAUCUCCCUGAGGGUUGUGCAUUGAAAGUUACAAAAGUAGAAUGCCAAAAAUUAGCAGAACACAUCACCCCACCCACGGAACAAUAAAAUCAAACCUACAAGAACUAAAACCAAGAAUCCAAGGACUGGAGAAUUUUGCUCUUGGAUUUGAACUUUGAAGUAAAAAUUGUGUUGUUAUAUUAUUAUGUAGAUAAGAAAUAAAUAAAGUAGCUGUUAAAAAAC